UUAUUCAGAAGAACUAUAACCUGCACUGACUGACUUGUGCUUCUUCAUGUCAGGUGAUUCUCUUCAUCUGUCAGAGUUGAGGAUUGUGCUGCUGGGAUACAGAGGAGAUGGGAAGAGUUCAUCAGGAAACACCAUCCUGGGCAGAGAGGAGUUUGAUACUGUAGGGAGAACAGCUCAGAGUGUGAAGAGACAGGGACAAGUAGCAGGGAGGCAGGUCACUGUGGUGGAGGCUCCAGGAUGGUUCAUCAAUUCUCAGUUAGAGGAAACUCCUGAACUGACCAAAGAGGAGAUUGGGCUCAGUGUGUCUCUGUGUCCUCCUGGACCCCACGCUCUGCUGCUGGUCAUACGUGUGGGCUAUUCAUUCACGGAGACAUAUAAAAGACCAGUGCAGAAACACCUGGAGCUUCUCAGUGAGAGUGUGUGGAGUCACACUAUAGUGCUGUUCACCCGUGGAGACUGGCUGGGAGACACACCCAUUGAGCAGCACAUUGAGAGUGAAGGAGAGAGUCUGCAGUGGCUGGUAGAGAAAUGUGGGAACAGAUAUCAUGUCUUCAACAAUCAGAAGAGAGAAGAUCACAUGCAGGUUACACAGCUGAUGGAGAAGAUAGAAGAGAUGGUGGCAGGAAACAGAGGACACCAUUAUAAGAUUGUGCUGGUGUAUGGAACAGUGAACCAGUGUGGAGUGUGGAACCGUGUUCCAGUGUGGAGUGUGGAACCGUGUACCAAUGUGGAGUGUGUUGGUGGUGUGCCGCUGCAGCUCAUGUACGGGUUGCCAUGCACUGCGGGGGGCUGGCAGAGUAGCCGGGGGGCGGGGACACCUUGA